GGGUUUCUCUUCCGCACGCCCCUCCCAGUCGCGGUGAGGCCAAGCCUGUCUGCCGGAAGCCCAGUCCGACGCUUAGAGGAAAGUAGGCUCUGCGCUGCAGGAGACGCGGCGGGCCCGGUGGCUCGGGACUCCGCCUCUUCUGGGACCCGGGCCUUAGACCCCUGCCCUGGAAUGGGCGUUCCCUCCCACCGACCGCAGCGCCCCUCCCGGCCCGUCUCCUAGCAGCUCAGUGAUGCACAGGCGCCCUGGGUGCCCAGCCGCCGUGACGCGCAGGCGCUCUAAGGGAGGGCCGCCGUGACGCGCAGGCGCUCUGGUUGCGGGGCCGCGGCCACGCAUAUUGAAGGAUGUUUGUUCCGCGCUCUCUCAAAGUCAAGAGGAACACUCACGAGGACGGCAAAGGCUGUGCGGCCAAGAAAGUGAAAUCAGAAGCAGAAGGCUUCCGGUGGGACGAAGGCAGUGGUCACGGUCACCCAGCUGAUGCUGGCGGUACAGAAGAAGCCACAGCCAGUGGCAGGCCCCGUGCGGAACCGUGUCCCUGCCCCAGCCCCCAGGUGGGACCCGAGCAGGGUGCCACGGACAGUGGUCCGUCUGGAGAGCCUGUGAAGUCCUUUUCCAAGACGCAGCGCUGGGCAGAGCCCGGGGAGCCUGUGUGUGUGGUCUGUGGCCGCUACGGAGAGUAUAUCUGCGACGAGACAGACGAAGACGUGUGCAGCCUGGAAUGCAAAGCGAAACAUCUGCUGCAGGUUCAGGGGACGGAGGAGACGGCAGCGGGCAGCCGCCCACAGGGAGCUGGCUCCCAGCCCGAGCCCGCACUUCCCUUGCCGUAUGUGUAUAAAGAGCACCCCUUUAUCUCGAGCCUUCAGGAGGACCAGGUGGAAAACCUGAAACAGCAGCUGGGAAUUUCAGUUCAAGGGCAAGAUGUUGCCAGGCCCAUUAUUGACUUUGAGCACUGUGGUUUUCCGGAGGCCUUGAACCUCAACCUGAAGGCCUCAGGCUACGAAGUGCCAACCCCCAUCCAAAUGCAGAUGACUCCGGUAGGUCUCCUGGGGAGGGACAUCCUGGCCAGCGCUGACACGGGCUCUGGGAAAACAGCAGCCUUUCUCCUUCCUGUGAUCAUCCGGGCUUUACUGGAGAGCACGGGUCCGUCGGCGCUCAUUCUCACCCCGACGAGGGAGCUGGCCAUUCAGAUAGAGAGACAAGCCAAAGAGCUGAUGAGGGGCCUGCCACGCAUGAAGACCGCGCUCCUGGUCGGGGGCUUGCCCUUGCCCCCCCAGCUGCACCGUCUGCGGCAGCAGGUCAAGGUCAUCAUAGCGACUCCCGGCCGCCUUCUGGACAUCACGAAGCAGAGCUCCGUCCAGCUCUGUGGCGUGAGGAUCGUGGUGGUGGAUGAAGCGGACACCAUGUUAAAGAUGGGCUUCCAGCAGCAAGUGCUGGACGUCUUGGAACACGUCCCUCGCAGCUCUCAGACCAUUUUGGUCUCGGCCACAAUCCCAGCUGGCAUAGAGCAGCUCGCCGGCCAGCUUCUGCACGAGCCCGUGAGAAUCGCCGCCGGCGAGAAGAACCUGCCCGGGGCUCACGUGCGCCAGAUCGUCCUGUGGGUGGAGGAGCCCGCCAAGAAGAAGAAGCUGUUUGAAAUCCUAAACGAUGAGAAGCUCUUCCAGCCGCCCGUGCUGGUGUUUGUGGCCUGCAGGCUGGGAGCCGACCUGCUGAGCGAGGCGGUCCGGAAGGUCACGGGCCUGAAGAGCGUGUCCAUGCACUCGGAGAAGUCCCAGGGCGAGAGGAGGAGCGUGGUGCAGGGCUUGCUGGACGGAGACCAUGAGGUGGUGGUGAGCACGGGGGUCCUGGGACGAGGGCUGGACCUGGUCCGGGUCCGGCUGGUGGUGAACUUCGACAUGCCCCCGAGCAUGGACGAGUACGUGCACCAGGUGGGAAGAGUGGGCAGGUUAGGCCAGAGCGGGACGGCCAUCACCUUCGUCAACAACAGCUCCAAGCGGCUGUUCUGGGACAUCGCCAAGAGGGUGAAGCCCACGGGGUCCCUCCUGCCCCCGCAGCUCCUGCACUCCCCCUACCUGCGCGAGCAGCAGCGGCGGGAACAGCAGCGGGACAGGCAGGCCCAGAGCCGCCUGGUCACCGGCGCCAACCUCCUGGACAUUAUCCGGAAGCACGACAAGACUCACGCUCCCAAGUGACCGGCGACCCGGCCUGAGCGUUGGCUGUCGGCGAACUUCUGUUUGUUGUUAUCUACAGGUGAGCACAUGAAAUAAAAAAUGUUUACGUUUUUUAACAAUAUCAAAUUUA